AUGUUAGUUUUGAGUGGCCUAAUCCUGUCAUUAAUUUAUUAUACUAAAAGUGCUACAAUUGCAGAAUCGUGUCAGUGUUCAGGCCUGACUUGCAUUUGUUGUGGCUCAAUCCCCGCGAUUCAGAACAAUGCUUGUUUGGAGGCGAUCUACGACCCGCAUAAUUUCGAACUGGAUUUGAAUUUUCUGGCAAACGGAGAAUCCGUUUAUAAGACCAAAAUAAACUCGGGAAAUUUUCCGAUCUGUGCGCCCGUUUUUCCUCCGGCAUGUUGGGCUUUCAAUCGCAUACAUAUAGAUAAAGACAAUGCCCAAGUCUGUUCCGAAGUUAGGAUUGGACCAGUGCCCAUUCUGAAAGUGCCCUGUCUCGCAUACGCCGGAGGCAAUCUCAUUGCAAGCCCCAACAUAUACUGAUUUUUUAUUCCGGCUGAACUAAUGAACAUUGUGCAACAAAACGAUACUAUUCUAAUCCACCACACUUAUCGCAAACAAAAGCCAGACUAAAAUUAUUUCCCUUGUUUUGCAACGCGGAUUUAUAAAGAUUAUUCCAUUAUUUUAACAAUGACCGAUUUGCCUGCGUUGAAACUAAUUUUAAUAAAAACAGGACAAUCAAAAAACCUUGUAUGUACACACAUGAAAUGCAAGCUUUGCCUCGAAACAAAUGUUUGCACGCACCAAACUCGGCCUAUUUUCAAGUUUGAUUGGUAUUUACUAUUACUCAACUAUCACAAUUGACCAUAAACGAUAAAUCACAAAGUGUUAACAAUGACAAUAAGCAAUUUUAAAAAAAGUAAAAAUAUGGGAAAUAUAAGCUCAAAUGCUUAUAUUUCCAAGAUAAAAGCUUGCUGUUUCAUUAUUCCGUGUUUUCUAUUGAAACGAAACGAGUUGAAAUAUCAGUUGUUCUACAUAAAGACAUAAAUUAUAAAUGUUACUUAUCUACAUUAUUUUCUAUUAACUGAUGUAAACAUUAUUUUAAAAAUCGAUUAAAGUUCAUGUUUUCGAGAACAUUGUAGUUAUUUUGCUAAAUACGAACAAAAUUCCUAUAAUUCCUUUUAAUCUAGCUUUGUUUAAAGAAAAUAUACAUUUGUUUACACGAUCUAUGGAAACUUAAGAUAACGUCAAGUACCUAUUCUUUUUUAGGCACGUUUUGAAUGAAACUCUAUUUUUAUUGGCUUCCGCAUUAAGGUUCAUCCAAAUAAAUAUUUCAAAAUGUAAAUUUCAUUUUAUUUAAUUACAACAACAACAUGAACAAUGCAUUCCACUGUUUCACUCAAAUAAAAAAAUUUUGCUAUUUUGUCAUCGUAAUUACAAAACAACACAUUUAUGGCAAAAUAAAUAGAUUAAAAUUUCGGUAUUUCGACACAGGGAGAGUUCAAUGGCAAAAGUCACAACGUUCUUUUUAAAUCCUUUGAGAUUAAAUUGUCACAAACAAUUAGAUAAU